GGGGCGCGUCUGCAAAGUGGGAAGCGGGUUUAAAUUUCAAACACAAACAGUACGAGUGACGAGCCAGUGGAUUGUGGGAUAAGGUUAAUACCAAGUAGUUAUCGUGUUUAUAAUUUGUAACGUAAUUCAAACAUAAACCAGAACGGUGACGUUAUCACCGGCUGUGGUUAACGUUAGUUAAGAGAAUCCGCGAAAAAAAACUCGCCGCCGCGUCUUCGUUACAGUUUUCCGCGCCUGGUAUUUGGAUGACAAACCGACGUUUGGCUUGUUUGCAGCAGGUGUUGACUAAUCCGGACAUUGCACUACAUUAAAACUUCUACUGUGUUUUAAUUCAAUUAUAGCAAGCCUUUUCUGCAAGAAACAUGCCUAGGUCCAACAGGCAAAAAGAAUACAAACCUGGAGAUCUUGUAUUUGCAAAAAUGAAGGGGUAUCCUCACUGGCCUGCGAGGAUUGACGAAUUACCUGAAGGAGCUGUGAAGUCGCCCUCAAACAAGUACCAGGUGUUCUUUUUUGGGACACAUGAGACGGCGUUCCUCGGGGCCAAAGAUUUGUGCUUGUACGACGAAAAUAAGGAGAAGUUUGGAAAAGCAAACAAGAGGAAAGGCUUCGCUGAGGGACUCUGGGAGAUUGAGAACAACCCCACCGUCACGCAUGAAGGCUAUGAGUCAGCAAAGAAGGAAAACGCAUCAGAAGGAACAGGGGAUACAGGAAGUUCAAAGAAAGUCGAUGCAGAGGGCAGCAGUGAUGAGGAUGAAGGGGCUCUGGUCAUUGACGAGAAGAAUGAGAGGGGAAGAACUAAACGAAAAGCAGAGGAGUCCACAGAGGCGUCACCCAAGCGGCCGAAGGACACAGAGGCAGAAGGUGAUUCUAAAGUAGACUGCGACAAGUCUAACGUGGAGGCCAAGCUCAACGAUGUGACUGGACCCAAGGUAACUGCGCCCUCUUCACAGAGCGAGUCAAAAGUAGAGGCCCAGGAAAAGGCUCCAGCAGGAGGCCAGCUGACAGCAGAUAAGCCUUUGACAGACAGUGCUUAACGUCAAUCCUCAGAAGCAAACCAAGAACCUUUUGAUGCUUUUCUCUCUGGAAUUUAAGCAUCAACACAACCAUUUGCAGGAUGCCAGCUGUUAGCUGUUUAAUUAAUAGGAGGAUUUAAAAAACCUAAGUGUUUGUAUUGAGAGACAAACAAAUCCUCAUUUGCCAUUUUUGGGAUAUCAUAUAUCCCAGAAACAAAAUGUUUGCUAAUCGGAUUUCAAACAAUUUAACUGGGCACUUUAAUGCUCAUUUAUAAAUGAGAUUUUGGUGUGUAAAUAUUUUUUAUUUCUAAGUGCAAUUACAUAAUUACGAAGACUGAAUGCUAGGUGUAAAAAAAAAAAUUGAACACUGGGGAAAAAAAUAAAUAAAUAUAUAUAUAUAUAUAUAUAUAUAUAUAUAUAUAUAUAUAUAUAUAUAUAUAUAUAUAUAUAUAUAUAUAUAUAUAUAUAUAUAUAUAUAUAUAUAUAUAUAUAUAUAUAUAUAUGAGUGAAUAAAAAAAUUAUUAAAACCACAAAAAAGAUGAAUACUCCCAUUUGAUGGUUUUAAAACGUAAAUAUUGUACAGAAAUAUGAAAAAAAUGUUUCACCCACGCUCUCAGCUUUAGUUCAGAAUUUACUUCCAUUUUUUUCACCCUGCUUAUUAGCCUCAUCCUAUCCUAUCAUAUAUUCAGUUAUUGGAUACAUGAGAUAUUGCACUUUCAGAAAUAUAUUAAAAAAAAAAGUCCUGCCCCAUUCAUCAUUGUAUUGUUCACUGUAUGACGUUUUAAUGCAACGCAGGUUUUGAUGCUUUGGUGUCGUGAGUGCUUCAUUGCAAGUGACCAAAUGACGGGAUUCAUUGAGCUAGAUUGAAUAUGUAAAGCCCAUUUGAGAAGAACUAUUGUAGGAUUAAAACCGUUGAUUUGUAAACCCCUCUGUAACUUUCUUAAGCUGAUGAUUGAUAAUUAAUGAAAGCAGAAAGACAUUCCUGAAUGUUGUUGCGUCAGAGCUCGGUCUUGAAACUUUGGAGGUGGAGCUGUGGCGUUUGCUGGGGAUAAAAGUUACUUGUCACCACCGGUUUCUGUGGAAAUGAUCUGAGAAACACUUUAAAAAUCCAUCAAGUCAAAUAUCAAUUUCAUGUUAUGUACAAUUUCCUAAGCUCACAUUAAUGCUGCCAUUGCUUGAUACUUGAGAUGUAAUUGGCUAGUACACUUAAUUGCAUACUGUAAUUUGUUGUUCCAAAUGUGUUCCUUUUUCAAAUGGAUUACUGACAGAUCUACUCAAAUUGUGAUUUUCUUUUUUCUUUGAAAAAUUAAAAGAAUCUACAGUGAACCAUCUGUAAAACUUUGUUUUCUGACCUUUUGGUUACCAACCCUCUUAACUGGAUUAUGAGUCUAUUUAACUUUGAUGGUCUUAUUAUUUUGGCUGUGAAAUCAAGUUGUGAUGUUUUCAAGAUGUUUUAUUUCAACAUUUGUUUAGACAUGUUCAAAAUGUGGUGUUUGUUAUUUUCCACUGUAGGUAACUUAAGGUUCAAGUGUCUUCAUAAUGCUGGAGCUGCUCACCAUGUUACUUGGAUGUUGUCAUCACUUUAGUGUUCUUUCCAGUGUUUGGCAACACAAGCCCACAGUUAAUCAAAUAUGCAUUUAAGGGUAAUCUCAGCUUUUACAGGCGAAAAUAACCCUCCCUGCUGUUCCUAAUAUAGGUUAUACCCACGUAUAACAAACUGCGGAUUUUAAACUAUAAAAUGUUCAAAGUCAAUUGUAAUUAUUAAUUCCAAGGGUAUAAUUUGGCAUUAAGGUGUAAUUCCUUGUUAAAUGUUCUCUUUUUCUUUCGGGAGCUGCCAUUCAUCUGCUGCUUAGUUUACUGUUGUAGUUGCCAGGCCAUUUAAUAAACAUGUUGA